AUGGAAAGCGGACUCGGACACAGACCACGCCUCAGCAGAGAGGAAGACCCGCCUGUUAAAGAGAAGUUAACUGCAGAUCCUGACAGUGAGAUUGCCACAACCAGUCUCCGUGUGUCUCUCAUGUGUCCGUUGGGUAAAAUGCGACUGACAGUACCAUGCAGAGCUGUGACAUGCUGUCAUCUACAGUGCUUUGAUGCUGCCCUCUACCUGCAGAUGAAUGAAAAGAAACCUACCUGGAUCUGUCCUGUGUGUGACAAGAAAGCUGCUUAUGAGAAUCUCAUCAUUGACGGCUUAUUCUUGGAGAUCCUUAGUGACUGCUCAGAUGUUGAUGAAAUCAAGUUUCAACAGGAUGGAACCUGGUGUCCAAUGAGACCAAAGAAAGAUCCUGUUAAGGUCUCUGUUCAUUCAGUUGGAAAAGUAGAGCCCACAACUCCUUUACACCAGUCGUUAGUAGUAGCCCAUCCUGUGGAACUGAACUUCACCAAGAAAACGGAUAUAAUUGAUUUGACGCUAGAAAGCUCCUCCUCUUCUUCUUCUGAUGAUGAUGAUGAUGAUAAGAACACAACCCCUCCACCUAAGAAACAGUGUAUUUUCAUCUCCAAAAAUGAAGAAACAGAUGCAAAAGGGUAAGCUGAAUUUUGUCCUGUUGCUUUUUUUUUUAUAAACAUAACUAGAUUUUUAUAAAAGAUGCUCCUCCUAAAUUCUUAACUUCUUUUUGUCAUAUCGUUUCAAACUUCUUGGGAAUCAAUUUCCUACUGGAGUUCAGACAGCCAGUUUUAGGCAGCUAGUCGGGAUGAGUCUCAGGUUCACAGAAUGCAGACUGUUCCUUACUCUGGAUCUUAGGUUUCUUCAAAGAUACACUCUUUUACUUAGCCAGUAGUGAAAGGUUGGUCAAAAAGGUUCCUAUCUAAGAAAACCCAGAAGAUUACAUCGAGUCUUUGACAAGCAGCAUUCACUAGUCCUGAAAGAGUAUGUAGUGGACUGUCGUCUGCAUUGUUGAUGGCUUUGCUGGAAUCAUUCAUGCCAAGCUUGCAUGUUGUGAAAGUGGAGAGGAGAACUCUCCUUUAAGAGGAAGAAACCUCCAGCAAAACCAGGCUCAGUGUGAAUGGCAAUUUGCGACAGCCGACUGGGAGUUUGAGAAGACAGAGCAUAUACAAAUGAGUAAACAAGGAGAAGCAAUGGAGCCAUGUAAAUCAGCAAUGAGGUGGGAAAAGAAAGUGGUUGUGUAACCAUAACCUGAAGAAGACCUGUAUAAUAAUAAUAAUAAUAAUAAUCAGCAUGUUUAUUGUCAUUGCAACAUAC